GUGGACACGGCCCGAGGUUUCGGCGGCGUGAGCGAAGGGAUGCGCCCAGCCCGCACCGGCCGCCUCUAGCUCCGCGCCCGCCGCCGCUCCCCUCCAUGAGCCGCCCCGCGUCCCUGCUGCCGGCCGCCCGCUGCCGCAGCGCUCCGGCCAAGCGGCUCCACACCCUCCACGACGGCCCCGCCGAAGAAACCCCGGCUGCCAAAUCCCCUCGCCUCGCCGACUGCGGACCCCCGGAUUGCUUGAGCGCUCCCGGUUCGCCUUGUGCUCCUCCGGCUUCUCCCGCCGGCGGGGGAUCGGCGGGUCCCAGCCUGAUCGCCUCGUACCUGCUGCUGCCGCUGGCCGAGCGGGAGCAGGUGUCCAGGGCGCUGAGCGUCAGCUCCGGGCGGGAGCUGCGCUGCAAGGUGUUCCCCCUCAAACACUACCAGGACAAGAUCCGGCCUUACAUUCAGCUGCCAUCGCACAGAAACAUCACCGGGGUUGUCGAAGUCAUCCUCGGGGACACCAAGGCCUAUGUGUUCUUUGAAAAGGACUUUGGGGACAUGCACUCCUACGUGAGGAGCUGCAAGAGGCUGAAGGAAGAGGAGGCUGCCCGGCUGUUCAAGCAGAUCGUCUCUGCUGUAGCUCACUGCCACCAGUCGGCCAUCGUACUUGGUGACCUCAAGCUCAGGAAAUUUGUCUUCUCUAAUGAAGAAAGGACUCAGCUGCGGCUGGAGAGCCUGGAAGACACACACAUCAUCAAAGGUGAAGACGAUGCGCUCUCAGACAAGCACGGCUGCCCGGCCUAUGUCAGCCCUGAGAUCCUAAACACAACGGGGACUUACUCUGGAAAAUCAGCUGACGUGUGGAGUUUGGGAGUGAUGCUCUAUACCCUGCUAGUGGGACGCUAUCCCUUCCAUGACUCGGACCCUAGCACUCUGUUUUCCAAGAUCCGGCGUGGACAGUUCUGUAUUCCUGACCAUGUCUCCCCCAAAGCCCGAUGCCUCAUCCGCAGCCUCCUGAGGCGGGAGCCCUCUGAAAGACUCACUGCUCCAGAGAUCUUGCUUCACCCUUGGUUCGAGGCAGUCUUGGAGCCUGGAUAUACAGACCAGGAGACAGGCACUUCGGAUCAAAUCGUUCCAGAAUACCACGGAGACAGUGACGAUAUAAGUUCCUUCUUCUGCUAGCCCCAAAAUCUCUCUAACCUUGGCGGCUCUCACCUCCGGCAUCUUCGUAGAGUUUCCUUCUUCCACGUUUGCAAACUCACAACAGCAUCUUAAAGUGCCAGUAUGGUCAGAAAAGUGACCUUGUUUAAACGCCAACCCUGUCGAUCUCUGCUCUUUGAAUGUGCUCAGAGCUCCAUCCUCUUCUUCUGCUAGGAGGUCCAUCCUGCCAGCCCUGGAGGACCCAUGCAGCUUUGUGAGAGCCAUCUGGCUUUUCUCCUGUCUCCCACAUCCUUCACUGGUGGAACUGGCUACAUCUUGGCUGCAGGGUCUUUCAGCUGCUGAGGUGUGAGACAGAAAGGCAGCUCUGUCUGCUUUCCCAUGGUGGCUACAGGGGUGCAGAGCCCUGGCCGCGAUGUGCAGGAGGUGGAGGGCACGAGGUGUGCCUCUAACUGAGAAAAUCUGACAGAAAUGGGUAAAAAGGGGAAUCGACUCAGUGUGACACACCAGCCGGCUUGCAAAGUAGCUUUCUGACUGAGAGUGCACUUUAAGGAGGGAAGGAGGUCUUCGCCCACCACGGCCAGCCACCCGCUCGCUGCUCCUCCUUCAGCCCAUCUUGCUUCCAGAGGCAUGAAGCAACUAGAUCCACCCGUAAGACAAAUCACUGCUGUGGCUCUUUCUGAAGCAGAAACUAAUGGAUCUUCUAGUCGGAUCCCCUCCAAUUCCACUUGCUGACCAGGAAAGCAUUUUAAAUAGACUUAAUCCUCACAUUACCAUGGUGUAGCCUAUAGAACUUCAUGCCCUCAGUGAGCUUGUCAAGUAGCAGGUCUCUUUAGCUCCGAGUGCCAAAACAUAUCCGUUUACCAAACCGUAACACUAUUGGCUGGGGCGCCUUCCCUUGGGAGACAACAAGGGGUAUCUUGUACAGUACGUGUAAACACAGUCAUGUUUUCCUACAAGCUCAACUCUUAAAACCAUCACAUCCCCUCUCCUCUUUGCCCCUCUGCCCCCCCCAAAGGUUAGUCUUAAGAGUAAAAUCUCCAUACGCCCUUAGCUGAUUAUUCAGGUAUGUUGUUUGCCUAUGGCUACAUUUCCCCCCCCUCUCUUUCCCCCUCCUCCCACCCCCCCACCCUUUUUUUUUUUUUUUUUUUUUUUUUUUUUUGCAUGAUUAGUCAUAGUUUUCCAAUGUGCGUGGAUAAUGAAUAUAUCUAAAUCAUUAGCUUCCUGGGUUGGGGGUAAGUAAAGCUUAGUCCUGCCUAAAAUUUCCGCUUCGUUUCACAUUUGUGUCCAGUGGCUUAUGCAAAGAGAUGUCCCUUCGCCUCUGGCAAGGGCACAGCUGCUGAGAUUGCCAGGGGCUGGGUAACCCUUGUCCCCAGCAUAGCAGAGUUGAGUGAAGUUAUUUUAAGGGUUAACCCCCAGCAGGCUGCAGUCCCACCACGCGUUGCGAGAAUACCAUGUAUACCUCAUGGACUGUGUACUUUGUACAUACCUUACUGUUUGGGGUUUUGUUUUCUUGUUUUGUUGUACUUUGUCCUAAUAAGAGGUGUCAAAGAGCAAUUUAAUGUGAAUUAUUGUUGGCAAUACUAACUUGACAGAAUCAUGAGCAUUAAGAGCAGGGCGCUACAGCUCUCCGUUGCACUAAACCUCUCAUGAUUGCUUGACAUUUGUAUCUGUGAUACAGUUUAACCCUUCUAUGAGAAACAGUACAAUUUGUAUAUAUUGGUAGAAAACUCUGCCAGAAAAGCUAAAAACACUAUGUCCAACUUGUAAAUAUGUAUAUGUAUGUGGAAACCCGGAUGAUAAAGUCUGACUUGUAGAAAGUUUAAUAAACUUGGUUUCAUAA